AGUAAUUGUUAUUAAACAAAGUAGAGUAUUAACUAUUGAAACUUUUCAGUGCAUGUGUAAAAGUAAAUAUAGAUUUUAAGAGUUAUGCUACAUUGUCAUGGGUUGUGCAUCAUCUAAAGGGGCUGUUGUUGUUUCCUCACAGACACCUUCUUCCAAACCUGCAAAGCAAGCAACAGAUGACAAUAAUAACAAGCCAAAUUUAUUACCACCUGUAAAAGAAGAAUCACAAAGAACAAAAGAAAUAAAACAGAGCACCUCUGCAAGUACACUUUCCUUAAAAGAUAUACGCAACCGUAAAAAACAAUUUAUUGAUGCGCAAAAGUUUUUAAAUCUCAGUUACGAAGAAGCAUCAAAACUACAUCCGAAAGACAUAGAUGAAAUGUGGGCUAUUGUGAAGAAAACUUCAGAUAAAGAACCUAUUCAAGUUGCACCCACAAAAAAUCGCAAAGGCUGGAGAACAAUUCGUAUUUUUGUAUCAAGUACGUUUAAAGAUUUUCAUCAAGAGAGAGAAGUCUUAGUAAAAGAGGUAUUUCCAGAUUUACGACUAUGGUGUGAGGAACGAAAACUUCGACUUGUUGAAUGUGACUUACGAUGGGGUGUACCAAAAGAUUCUACAACGGAAGAAACCAUCAAAAUAUGUUUAAGUGAAUUAGAUCGUUGCUAUGAAGAUAAUGUUGCACCUUUCUUUCUUAAUUUAGCAGGCGAAAGAGCUGGUUGGAUUCCAAAUUUUGGCGAUUUGACAAACAAUUUAGCAGCUCAAUAUGGCUGGAUAUAUGGACUAUCUGUGACAGAAAUGGAAAUUGUCCAUGGUGCUUUCAGAAAACUUAAUCCAAAUGCAUUGUUUUUACUUCGAGAACCAGAUAGUAUUAAAGAUCUACCAGACAUCAUAAAAAAUGAUUUUCUCGAUGACAAUGAUAAUUGUAUUGAUAAAUUAAAGACUUUGAAAACUAUGAUUUCAGAACAAUUUCAAGAAAAUUGUGUUUACCGUUACAAAGUUGAAGGGGUGUUUAGUCAUGGAAAAGUUGAGUUUAAAGGUUUAAGUGGAGAUUCGCAGUUUUCACAAAAGGUUUACGAUUUCUUCAAAACUAGGAUUGAAGAGUUGUAUCCGCUAGAUCCAAGUCCACUCGAUCCACUUCAAGUGCAAAAAGAAGCCCACGAGACGUUUUUGGAUAGUCGUUCACAAUGUGUUCUUGGAAGAGAUAAAAUAAUUGAACAAAUCAAGAAUUAUGCAUAUACAGAUGAUGGAGUAUCACCGUUGCUAGUCAUUGGUACAGCUGGUGCUGGAAAAUCAGCUCUAAUGGCGAAAUGUGCUGCAGAUACAGUAUACAUGGCCAGUGAAAAUAAAUUAACUGUUCCUAGUGGCUUUAAAAAAUGGAGAGUAUUUUUUCAUUUUGUUGGUGCUACUCCUGGAUCAACUGAUCUUGCUUUUUUCCUGCAACGUCUGACUAAAGAAGUCAAACCAGAUAUGAAAGAUAUUGUUAGCGAUUUGGAGACAUUAAUACAACUCAGCAACAGUUUGUUAUCAAAUCCAAAUACUGAACCAAUUAUAUUAUUCAUUGACGCUGUAAAUCAGCUUGAUGAAGAUAAACAACAAUUUAUGAGUCGUUGGCUGCCAGACAAUUUAUCUCCAAAUGUUCGUGUUAUUGUUUCAAUGAUUGAAAGUACUCCAAGUCAUCAAAUGUUGCGUUCUUACAAACCAUCACCAGUUGAAGUUAUGUGUGGCCCGCUGGACAUGGAUUCAAGAAAGGAAAUUGUCUGCAAUAUAUUGAAGAUGUACAAUAAGCGAUUGGACGAUGAGCAACUAAACACUUUAGUAGCAAAAGAAGGCUCAAGUAAUCCUUUGUGGUUAACACUGGCAUGUGAAGAAUUAAGAGUAUUUGGAAAGUUUGAGGAACUUAUUGGAAAGAUAGAAACGCUACCUGAUGAUCUGAUUGACCUUGAAAUAGAUGUAUUUUCACGCUUUGAGACGGAAACUGGUGGUCUGUUGAUGAAAGCAACAUUAUGUUUGCUUGAAGUUUCAAGGCAUGGUUUGCUCGAAACAGAAUUGUUAGCUUUACUUGGAGAUGACAAUAAUAUCAAAUGUCCUGAUUAUGUUGAGGGUGAAGAAGAAGAAGUGAUUAAGAAAACGGAAGAAGUGACUGUUCAAUCAAUAGCUCCUCUUGAUACAGAAAAAGAAGAUGUUGAGAAUCUUACUGAUAAGUUUUCAAAACUUGUUGACGAUGCUUAUGUCAUAAAAGAAGAAGGAGAAGAUAAAAAAGAAAAAGCUCAUCGACCAAAGGGUAAGCAAGUUAACUUCCUACCUGCUAGAGACUGGGCUAUUAUUUACCGUAACUUGAAACAACUCCUCAGACCAUGCGGAGAUCUUGGAGAAGGACGACUUGAUUUUUAUCACAGAUCUCUUAGCAAGGCUGUUAGAAGAAAAUAUUUCCAGGGCAGUGAAGGAUUUAAAAAACAUAUGUACAAUUUUUGGCAUGGUGUGUUAGCUGGAUAUUUCGAAGGAGUUGAUGAUAUGGAUAGGAAGGCUGAAGAACUACCAUAUCAUUUGGAGCAGCUUUUGGACAACAAUCGAUUAAUACGUUGUUUGUUGGAAUGGCCAGUGUUCAAUCGACUUUAUAAUGAAGAUUUCAGUAUUGAUUUGCUACGCUCAUGGCAAAAGGCUGGUGGCUAUGCCGUUGCUUCUGCUUUAUACAAAGAAUCACUGAUUGUGCUAAAAGAUUCUGGAAUGCCAUUAAUUGAGUUUGCUGAACAAAUGGAGAAAGUUGCAAUGUUUCUCAUUCAGGCUGGUCAGUACACAGAAGCAUAUGAAAUAUUAGAAGAGCGAGUCAAACAUGAGACUGAGCAACUUGGUUCACGUGUAGACGAAUUAGCUGAUAUUUAUCAAAUGAUGGCGAAAUGUAAGAGUGAGGUUGUAAAGAAUUACAAUUUCGUUACAAUGUCGCAGCUAGAAGAGGAUGAGGAAGUCGUUGAAUUAUGUCGAAAAAGUCAUGACUAUCGAAAAGAACUUCAAGGAGAAGACCACGAGUUUAAGAUGGCACUUAACAAUGUCCUUCUUUGCCAUCAUCUGGCAAUUAUAGCUGAUUUAAAGAAUGAUGAUACAUAUAGGAUCCAGGCUUUUGAAGUUGUCAAUGAAGCUAUCUCAGUGUUCCAAAAGAUCAAUGACAUUGGGCAUCUUGCUGAAGCAAUCAUGACUAAAUCUUUCGUCAAUCCUCGAGCAAAAAGAUAUUUUGAGGAAAAGAAAAAUGAACUCGAAAAAGCAUUUGAGUUAUGUUUAAAGGCUUAUGGUAAGGGACAUAUGUUAUAUGUAAGAUUGUGUUUGAACAUUGGAAUACUUUAUGAAGAUGACAGACAAUUUGGAAAAGCGUAUGAUUAUUUUGUGCAAUGGGAUGUUGCUUGCAAGGAGGUAUUGGGACCAAGCCAUCCGAAGGCUAUUCGUGCCAAAGACACAUUAAACGAACCAAUGUAUAAACGUAUGAGAGAACAAAGAGAACGCACAGCAGCAGGCACAGCUUAAAAAAAUUGUCACGACUAAUUGAAUUUGUGAGAAUUUUUUUGUAAUGCAAGUUGAAAUUAUCCUUCAGAAGUUUCUUGUAAAGCGAUUUGCGGUUAUCGGAUAUCGUGGCAUUCUUACUUGCAGUACUUAACGAGAUGACGGUGUGCGUAUAAAGUUCAUCAGGAGGACUCUUCAUUGGGUGAGGAUGUUAAAACUCGCUUACAAUUAGAAUGCGGAAAAUAACUAAUCAAGCGAAAAAAUAGGGAGAUGUUUGUAUCAAAAGACGUCUAACACUGUUUGAUUUAAUUUAUAACUUAAAUUAUAUUGUAGAUUGAAAUUUAUGACCUUUUUAUACUUGCAGAUUCUUUUACGGUUCAACAUUUUCUAUACACCUCAAAAGUUUUUCAUUUUUUAUAUGCUAUUGGUUAAUAAAUAUGAAUUCAUGUUUUGCUGCUUUUUGAAUGGUUAAGCCACCCACUGUUGCUAAAAAUAACUGUAUAAGUAUAUUCACAUCAAACAAAAUAAAGACUGGAAAACAAAAGUUUUUAACUCUGAAGUUUUUCUCUAUUUAACCUAUGUGAAAAAUUUCUCUCCUUUUCUUUUUUAUAAUUUUGUAUUUUUCUUUAGUUUAUUACAUAAAAAUUCUUACGAAUAUUAUUUUUCCUAUUUAACAAAUGUAACGUUAUAAAAAUUAACUUACAAUCAAAACCGUACGAUAUUGCUAUGGGAAGAAUUAAAUUUCGCGAAA